AGACUACAUUAUAUAUGUAUAGGAUGAGUUGCGUACGAAGGGUUCAUGGGGUAGCUACGAAUUUCUUCUUAGGUUUAAUUUUUUUUUAAAUUCCUGACUAAAUAAACUGUGAUACUCAAUCAACCAUGGCCCUAAUGCCAAAGGAAUCUGCGAAAGUAAUAGCAAGACUAUCCAAGAAUGUUUUUAUCGAAGAAGAAGGCGUUAAAAAUCUUGCCUGUGCGAUUUUAGAAGGUCUUAAAAAUCGUGAAGUAAGCGUGAACAAUUUUUCUCAACAUGAAUUUCAUCCUUCUCCUGAAGAUCCAAUUGCUGUUGAUUGGAUAUUUGUCUUGGAUACAUUGAAUUAUUCUUUUUGGAGUAAGAAGGAUUCUCUCAAGUGGACUGUUAAUGGUCAGACUGGAUAUUUUGCAUUAUGCGCUGCUAUUAAGAGGGCUAUAAACGAGGGGAAACAUAUAGUCGAUCCAAAGUAUUACUCGCAGAUAACAAGAAGCGAGGCCGAACAAAUUUUUCGGGGUGAUAAUCAAACUAGUAUUCCGCUAUUAGACGAAAGAGUUAAGUCCUUGCGAGAGGCUGGAAAGAUUUUGUUAGAGAAGUAUCAAGGUACAUUCGUAGAAUGUAUCAAGUCCUGUUUAGGCUCAGCAGAGCAGCUACUCAAACGUAUCGUAAACGAGUUCGAGUCGUAUCAGGAUGAGGCAGACUAUGACGGUCAUAGAGUCAGUUUUUAUAAAAGAGCUCAAAUACUUGUGGGAGAUAUUUGGGCUUGCUUCAAGGGCGAAGGAAUUGGUAAAUUCCACGACAUAGAUUACAUCACGAUGUUCGCCGAUUAUCGUAUACCUCAAGUUCUGGUACACUUUGGUGCAAUUCGGUACAGUAAUCCGCUUCUCAGCAGAUUGCAGUGCGAUGUAGAGUUAGAAAACGGUAGUGACGAUGAGAUAGAAAUUCGAGGUUGCUCGAUAGAGGCAGUCGAGCGAGUGAGAGACGAAGUGUGGUCUCUCAUCGAGCGUUAUCCGAAUUUGGAUUUAAAGAAAACGGAUAUAAACGCUAUACUCAUAGAUCACUUUCUGUGGGACUAUCGACGGAAACACGCGGCUCAGUUAGAAAGUAUACCGUUCCAUAAAACCAGAUGCAUAUAUUACUGAGCUUUGGUCCCGGUUGGAGCCAACGUUUUGAAAGUUUGCCGAGGAAACUUUAAGAAUAGCUCGUAAACAUUUGCAGAGAUUAUUUUCUCGGGUGUAAUGAUUUCUUUUUUGAUACACCACGAUUUAUACUGUGAUCAUCUUUUAUAAUUAUUCGUACGACGAAGAACUAUUUUUAUGGUUGAAUGAUAUCCAUAGAAUUAGUGACCUUAAACUCAUGUAUGUGCAAAUGUUUGAAUAAAACGUUGAGCAUUUUUUUUAAUAA